AUGUCGCCCACGACCAAUACUGGCCGUGAUAUCCCUACCUCUGCACUUCCUCAAAACCCGCACAACAUGCCCCCUCAGACAGUACAGUCGAGGCGUUCGCGCCCCGGCAACGUACAAACUUCUAUCACACCGCACUCACAACUUGUAGCCAUCCCCCCAGCCUCUGCUGUGAGCACUUCGUCUGUUGCUUCUAGCUCACACUGCUCUCCCAUCAUGUCUCCAAACAUGGCGGGAUUGACCACGGGCAGCUCAAUGGUCCCCUCACCAGAGCCACUCCGUGGGAGGGACAUGGAGCAGUUCCCGGCACCAAACUUUCAGCUUCCAGAGUCCAUUCUCACCCGCAAGACGAGUGCCAACUCGCUCUCGCAGCCUCUGCUCAACGGCCAAGGUGCCAUGCAUGAGGUUAUGGGCAAAGGGAAUCUCAUCAGGAGGCUGUCUAACCGAGCCAAGGCAAUGGGCCGACGCCGGACCUCAUCUGUGCAACCGAACAGCCGCGAUGGUAGCGUGGGCCCUGCAAUUCUUCGUCGAAGAAGCGACAGCAACAACACAGCUCCACCUGAGAAUCUACCACAGCCCUUCGAUACGGAUUCUGAUGAGGGUGACGAACGGGACGACGUGGCAAGCAUGUUCGAUGGUGCCGGUCCCGAUGUUUCACCGACGAGCGCACCCGCACCUGCGUCUGCUGCUUAUGUCUCUGGUGCUCAAGCAGGGCCCGUCAUCCCUCUUGCUCUUCUCAAGGGGACUGGCAUAAGAAAAGUCUCGAAAAAGAACAAAGGGAAGCGGAUCCUGCUCGUUCUUGAGCCAGAUUCGGCAAAGAUUACGUGGGACCGAACCCGCCCAUGGAAGUCUAUCUACAUUGACGAUAUCAAGGAGAUUCGGACCGGAGAUGAUAUCAGACAAUAUCUCCUCGACUUCAACAUCGACCCCAAGGCGGAGGAGAAUCGUUUCUUCUUCACCAUACUCUACACUGUACCGGACCGAUCCCAGACCAAAAUGAUGCAUCUCAUCGCCGAUGAUGAGGAGGCAUUCGGCAACUGGACGAUGACUCUGGACGCUAUCUACAAGCACCGGCAGGACUCGAUCGCCUCCCUGAUGUCUUUCAAUGACAAGGCUGUCAGAGCCUAUUGGGCCCGCGAAAUGAAGAAACAAUUCGCAGAUAAGCCCCACUCGGUCGACGACGAGGAAAUUGACUUUGCCGGAGUCGAGAGGGUGUGCCGCAACCUCCACAUCCAUGUUUCGUCCGAGACGCUCAAGUCCAAAUUCGACGAGGCUGAUGCGACUUCCACGAGACGCCUUGACUUUGCUCAAUUUCAGGAGUUUGUGAGGCUCAUGAAACGCCGCGAGGACAUUCGUGGUAUCUACCGCAGAAUUGCUUCGGACCCUGAUUCCGGCCUGACAUCUGAUGAGUUUCUCGACUUUCUACGCAACGAACAAGGCGAGAACGUCGACCAAUCCCUCGCCACCUGGGAGAACGUUUUUCUUCGGUUCGCUCGCCGCUCAAAGCUCAAGGAGGCAGACGCGAAGGAUUCGGCCGAGGACGUCGCGCCUCGGAUGUCCGAGGCCGCCCUGUCGAGUUUCCUUACUUCGACAUACAAUGUCUCCAUCGCCAAGGAGCCCGAUGCUUACGAGCUGAACCGGCCUAUCAAUGAAUACUUUAUAUCGAGCUCCCACAAUACUUAUCUCUUGGGUCGCCAGGUUAUGGGUAUUUCGAGCGUUGAAGGCUACAUCGCUGCCCUUAUGCGUGGUUGCCGAUGUGUCGAGAUCGACUGCUGGGACGGCAAUGAUGGAGAGCCACAGGUUGUGCACGGAAAGACCUGGACCUCCCGCAUCUCCUUUCGUGAGGUCAUCAACACUAUCAACAAAUACGCUUUUGUCAAGUCUCAAUUCCCUCUGUGGAUCUCUCUCGAGGUCCACUGCAACCCGGAGCAACAGAGGACCAUGGCCAAGACUAUGAAAGACAUCUUCGGAGCCAAACUAGUCACUGAACCACUACCUGGUGCUCAGGAUCGCUUCCCAACGCCCUCGGAGCUCAAGAACCGUAUUCUUAUCAAAGCAAAGAAGCCGCAGCAAGUCGAGCCGCCAAAACCUGUUGAGACGAACGGCCGCAAACGGGGCAACAGCCUCACCUCCCCGUACCCCAAGCCAGUUGCGCUUGACAACUCGAUCAUCCCUCCGCAAUAUCUUCCCAACAGCCCCUUGCUGAGUCCGAACGGAUCUGCGCGGAAAGCGAGUUCCAAAACACGCGUUGAUACCAUCACAGAAGGCGAAGUCCACGAUGCUCCUAGUAGCAGCACAAGUGACAAUGACAGCGGAAGCGAGAAGAGCUCGGGAAGGAAGAAGCAAAGCAAGAUUGUACCGGAGCUCGGAGACUUGGGUGUCUACUGUGUCGGCAUUAAGUUCAAUGGGUUUGAUGAUCCAGAGAGCAAGACCUUCAACCACGUUCUCUCGUUCAUGGAGAACACAUUUGCCAAGCACGGCAAGCCGCGGGAGUCAAAACGAGCGCUGUUCCGCCACAACAUGCGUCACCUGAUGCGCGUGUAUCCUAAUCAGACACGAAUCACGUCGACGAAUUUCAACCCGCUGGCUUACUGGAAGAAGGGCGUGCAGAUGGCUGCUCUCAACUGGCAAACCUUCGAUCUCGGCAUGCAAAUCAACCAAGCCAUGUUCGCUGGCGGUGUGGACCAGUCUGGCUAUGUGCUCAAACCCAGGGAAUUCCGCGAGAUCCAGGUCUUGCCCAAUCUACCCGGGCAUUGGGAGGGCAAGAGGGAGCGGAAGAACGUCAACUUCACUGUCGAUGUCAUCUCCGCCCAGCAACUCAUGCGGCCCCUCCACUUUGGAGAGAAGCGCAGCUUGGAUCCCUAUGUCGAGGUUGAGGUCUUUAUCCCUGACGACAAGAAUGACUCGGACGAGACUAGCUCUCAUACCGGUCAGAACCAAACCAAGUUCCGCACUCAGAUAGUCCGGGAGAACGGCUUCAACCCCAUAUUCCAGCGCAACUUCGUCUUCAACAUCACCACCAAGUACCCAGAUCUGAUCUUUGUGCGAUGGAGCGUGAAGCUGGCGGAGAAUGGCGCCUACAGCAUCAACACUUUGGGCACUUACACCGCCAAGCUCAGCAGUCUCAAACAGGGCUAUAGGACCAUCCCGCUUCUCGACAACAAUGCCGACCAGUACCUCUUCUCGACCCUGUUUUGUCGCAUCAAGGUCAAUAGCGCGACGAGCAUCUACGUGGACUACUCCGAAGAGGCUCCGGAGAAUACGAACAAACUCCGCACCAUUGGCAGAACCGUCUUCAACCGCUCGGCCAACAUGAGCCCCAAGACGAGCCUUGAUGGCGCGCAAUCCUUCUAA